AUGCGUUUCUUGGACGAGGAAUACGAUUUCCUUCCUGCUUACAGGUACAUUUCUCGAACAACUUCGAGGAAUCUAGCUGAGGAGGUUGAGGGGGAGGAGGGAUCUGCAGAGCCUGCAUCAUGUACUGCUGCUGAAGCUGCUGGGGGUACUGGAUCGCGGCUUGCUGAGGAAAUUGUUGUUGCAUGGCGAUCUGCUGGUACUGGAUUGGAAUUUGGGACUGUUGCUGGACAGUCAUCUGUGGCUGAUGAUACUGUUGGGGAGGUUUUUGGUCGUGGGCCUGGUUAG